AUGUCUACUAAUAAAGUAUCGUUUUGUCUCAAUUGGGAGGCUACUCCCUACCAUAUUCCAGUUUUCCUUGCUCAAACAAAGGGUUACUUCAAGGAAGAAGGGGUAGACGUUUCAAUCUUGGAACCUUCGAAUCCAUCUGAUGUUACUGAACUUAUUGGUUCAGGGAAAAUUGACAUGGGUUUGAAAGCGAUGGUUCACACGUUGGCUGCAAAAGCACGUGGAUUCCCAGUCACUGCUGUAGGAUCACUUUUGGAUGAACCAUUCACAGGUGUUUUGUACCUUGAAGGAUCUGGAAUUACCACCGACUUCCAAUCCUUGAAAGGUAAGAAAAUUGGUUACGUUGGUGAGUUCGGUAAGAUCCAAAUUGAUGAACUUACUAAACAUUAUGGUAUGACCCCUGAUGAUUAUACCGCAGUCCGUUGUGGUAUGAAUGUUGCAAAGUACAUCAUUGAAGGAAAGAUCGAUGCAGGCAUUGGUAUCGAAUGUAUUCAACAAGUUGAAUUGGAAGAUUACUUGAGAAAGCAAGGAAGACCAAUCGAUCAUGCUAAGAUGUUGAGAAUCGAUAAGCUCGCUGAAUUGGGAUGUUGUUGUUUCUGUACUAUUUUGUACAUUUGCAACGAUGAAUUCUUAGCAAAGAACCCUGAAAAAGUUCGUCGUAUUAUGAAGGCACUCAAGAAAGCCACUGACUUUGUUAUCAAUCAUCCAAGAGAAGCUUAUGAAGAGUAUGUCGACUUCAAGCCACAUUUAACUUCUGAAGUUAACAGAAAGAAAUUUGAAAGAUGUUACGCCUACUUCUCAGAUUCUCUUUAUAAUGUUCAUCGUGAUUGGAGAAAGGUUACCGCUUACGGUAAGAGAUUGGAAAUCCUUCCUCAAGAUUACGAAGCAAACUAUUCAAACGAAUACUUGUCCUGGCCAGAACCAACUGAAGUUGAAGAUCCAUUGGAAGCCCAAAAGUUGAUGGCUAAACAUCAAGAUGAAUGUAAAUCUUGCGGAGGUUACCGUAGACUUGCAGUUAAAUAA